AUGCACCUCGGCCAAACCCACGGCGCUCAUCUUGCGUCAACCAGCUCGGUCGUCUCGGCCGAGCCCCUUGUUCAAAUGGCCCAGCAGAUAAGACCACAGAACGAUGUGCAACAGGCCUCACGGCUGUAUGCGGCCCAGCAGGAGGCGCGACCUCAAGGGCUCCGAUUCGAAGACGUCCGGCGGAUGAUCGAAGACGGCCUGGCCCAGUGGCGGCCAGAUGCGCCAAGAUAUACGAGGCCGUACCCGCCGAAAAUCGACCGGACCCCUCUUCCCCAGAACUAUCGAUUGGCAGAAUUCAUGCUAUUCUCCGGGGACGGGCAGACCUCCUCCAUUGACCACAUAGGCCGCUUCACGGCCCAGUGUGGAGAGGCCGAUUCGGACGCCCAGAAGCUCCGUUUAUUUGUCCAUUCUUUGACCGGCGCGGCGUUUUCAUGGUUCAUAAACCUUCCGCCGAACUCAGUAAGGGAUUGGUCUGAUAUGGAAAGGAUAUCCCACGAACAUUUCUAUCAGACCAACCGAGAAAUAACGGUCACCGAGCUGGCAAGGAUGAGCCAGGCAUCAGACGAAUCACCUCGCGACUACCUACAACGAGUCAAAAUAUGCAGGAACUGGUGCCGCACGAACCUGCCAGAGAGGGAGUUUGUCAAGAUGACCGAAGAGGGCUUGGAAUUCGACUACCGGAAGAAAUUCCAGGGAAUCGAAUUCCGAGACAUGCAUGACUUGACAAACAAGGUGGACAGAUAUGCCUCUUUGUUAAAAGAAGAGAUGCAGAAGAAGACGGCCUCAAAAGUGACUUACUACAGGAAUCCCAUCGUCAGCUACGCCGAAGCAGACGGCUCUGUAGAGGCCGAGAGCGAUGAGGUGGAGAUGAGUUUGGCCGAAGUCAGCAUAGACAAACCCUUCGUAUGCAAAGGGCUUGUCAAAACCGACAAUAGUCGCACAAAAAUCCCCGACGCCAAGUUCGCAACGAGGGAAACAAAGCCCUAUACUUUUGACCUAACAAGGGCCGAGGCUAUCUUCGAUCUGCUGCUGGCCGAGAAAAAGGUCAAAUUGUCUUUCGGCCAUAAAAUCCCGGAACCCGACGAGUUCAAAGGGAAGACGUUUUGCAAAUACCACAGUUCUUGGUCCCACAACACCAACAACUGCGUUGUCCUGCGAGAUGUCAUCCAGAAGUUGAUAGACGAAAAGAAGCUCCAGUUUCCGGAGAAGGCGGCCAUGUAG